AUGCAUAUAUCUAUGGUUUUCUGUUUGAUAUGUGCAUUGUUUGCAGAUAUGGCGCCACCGAUUGAGAUUGCUACCAAAAGUUAUGUAGAGAAACAUGCUUCACUUCCUCCUCUUAAUGAGAGGAUACUUUCGUCCAUGACACAGAGGUCUGUUGCUGCACACCCAUGGCAUGAUCUCGAGAUAGGUCCUGAAGCCCCAAUAAUCUUCAAUUGUGUGGUUGAGAUAGGAAAAGGGAGCAAGGUGAAGUAUGAACUUGACAAAACUACCGGUCUCAUUAAGGUCGAUCGUAUUCUUUACUCAUCUGUUGUAUACCCACACAACUAUGGGUUCAUUCCGCGUACCCUUUGUGAGGACAACGACCCUAUUGAUGUUCUUGUCAUUAUGCAGGAACCGGUAAUCCCAGGAUGCUUUCUUCGGGCCAAAGCUAUUGGUCUGAUGCCAAUGAUCGAUCAGGUUAGAAAAAUGAACAUCGUCUAUAAGAAGAACGAGAACAAGGAAGUAGCCGUGAACGACUUCCUUCCUGCUACCGCAGCUUACGAAGCAGUUCAGCAUUCUAUGGAUCUCUAUGCGGAUUACGUCAUGGAAACCUUGAGACGGUGA